GAGGCGGCGAAGAAGGAAGGUAGCGAAGGAUGAGUGUAGUGAGCCAGAGAUGCGGAUUAUGGUGGACUGUGUGGCCGAGGACUGCUAAUGUAACGGGACGAUGACAGCGAGGACAACCUAACGGAGAUUCGAGGAUUUUAGAUUCAUGUUUAAUGGGGACUUUUAAAGAAUGUUUGCAUCAUUUCUCACAUUUUUUUUUAAUGCUACCAUAAUAUCUUCAUUUCAUCCGUACGGAUUUGGCGAUGUUAUGCUGCAUUCAUCUGCAUCACCUUAUACACGGCCACCGAUGUUUUCUUCGGCAAUUUUUCUCUUUGGCUCUUUUUUAAUCAAUUCGUUUUUAGAAGUACUGUAAUAUUCAUGUUGGCUAACAUGUUUUUGCAUUCAACCCGUCGCCGAAGAGCCGAACAAGGUGCAAUCGGAAGUGAAUCUUUUGGAUGCAGUAGUUCUUAAAUUUAAACCUUCGAUUCCAGAGAACGGCACUGGGAAAAUAAAUAAAAAUGGUAAGGAGAAUAUGACAUCUGCUUAUUCAGUUGGAGUCUGUAGUGCGAUUAAAAGGGAAGGAACCCCAUUGACCUAAAACCAUCAAAUAACUGAAAAUUAUUACUGCACAUAGACGUUGGUCGUUGUAGGUAUUAACAGCUAUGUUGCGAUAAUUAUUACGCCACCCGACGCACAAGGAUAGUGAGACACGAACGUUUGGUUUAGUUGCAGCGUAUAAAAAUACAGUUUCUGAGUAAAUAGGUAUUCUAAGAUGGAGGCAUCGUGUUUUCGCUGGUUGGUGUUCUUAUGGACAGUGGCCGCCCUGUUGUUGGAUACGAGCUCCGGCUCCCAUUCCGACAAACCGAACCUCUCCGGCCCCCUCUCCAUCCGCGUUCCCCUGCGGCAAGGCCUCCCCUCCGACCCGCCGAGCGUGUCGCGGCAGCCCACUCUUAGGACGGCCCGAAAACGCAGAGGAGCCCCGGGCAUUAAUUUCGUGGACAUGAUUGACAAUCUCCGUGGGAAAUCUGGACAGGGCUACUACGUGGAGAUGGCCGUGGGUACCCCGCCGCAAAAGUUGAACAUCCUGGUAGACACCGGCAGCAGCAACUUCGCAGUGGGGGCAGCCGCUCACCCUUUCCUCCGGAGAUACUACCACCGUUCGCUCUCCAGCUCUUACCGGGACCUGGGCCGGAGUGUGUACGUGCCCUACACGCAGGGGCGCUGGGAGGGCCAGCUCGGCACCGACCUGGUCUCCGUGCCGACCGGCCCCAACGCGUCUCUGCGUGCCAACAUCGCCGCCAUCACCCAGUCCGACCGCUUCUUCAUCAACGGCUCCAACUGGGAGGGCAUCCUGGGCCUGGCCUAUGCAGAGAUUGCUCGGCCUGAUGAAACUCUGGAGCCCUUCUUUGACUCCCUGGUGCGGCAGACCUCAGUGCCCGACCUGUUCUCUCUGCAGCUCUGUGGCGCUGGGUACAGUCAGAACUACAGUCUCGGCAGUGCCACUGUGGGUGGCAGCAUGAUCAUCGGUGGGGUGGACCCGUCCCUGUAUGUGGGGGACCUGUGGUACACACCUAUUCGCCGAGAGUGGUACUAUGAGGUCAUCAUUGUGCGCAUCGAGGUGAACGGACAGGACCUUAACAUGGACUGCAAAGAGUAUAAUUAUGAUAAGAGCAUCGUGGACAGUGGAACCACCAACCUGCGGCUUCCUCACAAAGUGUUCCAGGCUGCUGUCAAGGCUAUCGAGGCGGCCUCUUCGACAGAGCAGUUUCCCUCAGGGUUCUGGUUGGGGGAGCAGCUGGUAUGCUGGCAGGCUGGCACCACUCCCUGGCACAUCUUCCCCGUCAUCUCACUCUACCUGAUGAGCGAGAAUCGGAAUCAGUCCUUCCGCAUCUCCAUCUUGCCUCAGCAAUACCUGCGGCCGGUGGAGGAUGUAGCAUCGGCGCAGGAGGACUGCUACAAGUUCGCCGUGUCCCAGUCCAGCACCGGCACCGUCAUGGGGGCCGUCAUCAUGGAGGGCUUCUACGUGGUGUUCGACCGCGAGAGGAAACGCAUCGGCUUCGCCGUCAGCACCUGUCACGUGCACGACGAGUUCCGCACGGCGUCGGUGGAGGGGCCGUUCCACGGCGUGGACCUGGAGGACUGCGGCUACAACAUCCCGCAGACGGACGAGUCCACCCUCAUGACCAUCGCCUACAUCAUGGCGGGGAUCUGCGCCCUGUUCAUGCUCCCGCUGUGCCUGAUGGUGUGCCAGUGGCGCUUCUCCCGCUGCCUCCGCCCCCCGGGGGCCGGCGACUUCGCCGACGACAUCUCCCUCCUCAAAUGAGGGAGGGGCCGGGCGGGACGUUCCGGAUUUUACGCGCG